UUCCUGUGGUUGGCCCAGCCCAGCAUGCAGCCUUGAAUCUGGCUUAAGCCACCACAUACUCCAGCUCUCUACACCCGCUGUUCUCCUGUGGCUCGGGGUGUAGGCUCUAAGCACCAAGGCACCUGAGGAGCAUCUCUUCAUUAAGAAAACCCCGCAGCUCCAGAGGGCCCUGCGAAUCCUGCGGUCAGCUCUGAGAAGACAGUAUGGCCAUUACCCUCCAGCCCAGUGACCUGAUCUUUGAGUUUGCAAGCAACGGGAUGGAUGAUAUACACCAGCUGGAAGACCCCUCAGUAUUCCCAGCUGUGAUCGUGGAGCAGGUACCCUACCCCGAAUUACUGCAUCUGUAUUCAGGACUGGAGCUGGAAGACGGUCACAGUGGCAUCAUAACGGACAGGACCUUGUGCAUGACACAGGAUCAGAUCCUGGAGGGCAGUUUUAUGCUGACAGAUGAAAAUGAAGCAACCUCACAAACCGUGUCAACCACUGAAGUCUUGCUCAAUGUUGAGUCUCCCAACAACAUCCUGGAUGAAAAGCAGAUCUUCAGCACCUCCGAAAUGCUUCCGGACUCAGACCCUGCUCCAGCCGUCACUCUGCCCAACUACCUGUUUCCUGUCUCUGAGCCCAAUGCCCUGGACAAGGCUGGUGACACUGGUGACCAGGAGGGACAUUCUCUGGAGGAGCAGAUCCCUAGAGAGGAAAACGCCAAGAAGACUGGAAAAUCAAAGAAGAGAAUCCGGAAGACAAAGGGCAACCGCAGUACCUCGCCUGUCACUGACCCCAGCAUCCCCAUUCGGAAGAAAUCGAAGGAUGGCAAAGGCAACACCAUCUAUCUGUGGGAGUUCCUCCUGGCGCUUCUGCAGGACAGGAACACCUGCCCCAAGUACAUCAAGUGGACCCAGCGAGAGAAAGGCAUCUUCAAGCUGGUGGACUCCAAAGCCGUGUCCAAGCUGUGGGGGAAGCAGAAAAACAAGCCUGACAUGAACUAUGAGACAAUGGGGAGGGCACUAAGAUAUUACUACCAAAGGGGCAUCCUGGCCAAAGUGGAAGGGCAGAGGCUGGUGUACCAGUUUAAAGAAAUGCCCAAGGACCUAGUGGUGAUCGAAGAUGAAGACGAGAAAAGUGAAGCCGCGGAGGCCUCCACUAAGGCCUCUGCCUCCUCCAGCAGCACUGCCCGGCGAGCCAGCUCCAGGGUCUCAUCCAGAGCCACUGCCCAGAGCAAGGGCAGCCCUGCCUGGGAGAAGCCGAAGGUUCAGCACGUCGGGCUGCAGCCAUCUGCGAGUCUGGAAUUGGGACUGUCUCCAGAUGAGGAGAUCCCCACUACCUCCACUGUGCUGGUCUCUCCAGCAGAGGGCCAGACCAAACUCACCAAAGCUGGGAGUGCUCCUUCAGUGGCGGGCAACAUCCACCUGGGAGUGGCCCCUGUGGGGUCAGCCUCGGCCUUGACCCUGCAGACAAUCCCCUUGACCACAGUGCUAACCAAUGGCCCUCCUGCCAGUACUACUGCUUCGACCCAGCUCGUUCUGCAGAGUGUUCCGCCUGCCUCAACCUUCAAGGACACCUUCACUUUGCAGGCCUCCUUCCCCCUGAACACCAGUUUCCAGGAGAGCCAGGUGGCAGCGCCAGGGACUCCGCUGAUUCUCAGUGGCCUCCCCCAACUUCUGGCUGGGGCCAACCGCUCGACCAAUCCAACAGCGCCCUCCGUCACAGGGGCUGGGGCAGCAGGGCCCAGCUCUCAGCCCCCCGGGACUGUCAUCGCUGCGUUCAUCAGGACUUCCGGUGCCACAGCAGCCCCUGGGGUCAAGGAUGGGCCACUGAGACCCUCCUCAUAUGUGCAGGGCAUGGUGACCGGGGCCCCCAUGGAGGGGCUACUGGUUCCUGAAGAGACCCUGAGGGAGCUUCUGAGGGAUCAGGCUCACCUUCAGCCACUUCCAACCCAUGUGGUUUCAAGGGGCUCCCACAAUCCGAGCCUUCUGGGAAACCAGACUUUCUCUCCUCCCAGCCGCCCCACUGUUGGGCUGACCCCGGUGGCUGAACUUGAGCUCUCCUCAGGCUCAGGGUCCCUGUUUAUGGCUGAGCCUAGUGUGACCACAUCUGGGAGCCUACUGACUAGAUCCCCAACCCCAGCCCCCUUUUCCCCAUUCAACCCCACUUCCCUCAUUAAGAUGGAGCCCCAUAACAUAUAAAUGGGGGGGUCAGGGAGGUGUGGCUCACCAGGCAAAGCUGAGCAGCAUUUUCAGAUGGACUGCCUCUAGCAGAGACUGACUUGAGCAGCUCUCGUGCCCCUUAUCCUUCGGUGGAAUGUCAAUACACCAGACUUCCCCAAGCCUCACCUCUGCCUGACGUCACCAUGGCCAAGCCAUGCGCAGUUUGAGCAUCCCUGGCAUCAGGCCAUGGCCUCCAAGAGCACUAGGGGAUACACUCUUGUCGGGGUAGUGGGCUGAUGUGGUGACGAACCCCCUGAGAAGUUGGUGGCCAAGGCGGGUACAGGGGCUUCAUGGGAAGAUGAUUUUGCCUGGCUGCAUCUCACCACUCGUGUUCCCUCAGCAGGGGAGUUACUAUCCCACAUGUGAAUAUCUCGGUAUGUAUUUGUGUGUCCUCGUGGGUCUGUGCCUUCGUUUCUUUGGAGAGGACGAGGGUGCAACUGUGAGGUCUUCAGGAACAUGUGUCUCUCUGGGUGUCAGUGGCAAAGAGGAUUUAAGGAAAAGAAUUCUCUAGUUUCCUUUGUACAAACCAAGAUUCAGUUGUUUUGAGACUGUGGGGUGUAGGUUGCAUCCCCCAAAUCUGGAGAGAUGUCACAGAGCUGAAGCAGGUCCCAGGUAGAAGGGCUUUGACCGGUUGUGUGCUGGGGUGACUAUAGUUCUGGGGGACAGGAGGCCGCCAAGUGGGAUAAAAGCAUGAAGAGAGGGAAGGGAACUCAGCACUGGGGAGCAGCCCCCAGCCUAGACUGAGGCCAUCUUCCCGGGCUUGGCCUCACUGCCCACCAGUCACUUGGCAGCAGGCGUGGAGCCUUGACCACCCUAGCAGGCUGCGCUGAAGGGUUAGAUGGGCCGAGUGUCCCUCCAGGGUUAGACCCAGCCGCCACGCCCCCCGGCAGGGCUGUUAAUUGAAUGUUGCACCAAGGGCUGGGGCUGUAGGACCAGCCUUCGCGCCGGCCCACACCCUGAACCCUGGGCUCCCUCUUGGUUAAUUUCGCUCCUGGUAUUUCCCUGCUGCCAGGCAUCGCUGGGGUAGUCGCGCAGCGGUGGGGACCGGGUCUGCCUCCGUUGCUGCCCACGUGUGCCUGCGCGCAGCCAGCCUUCUACUUGCCUGUAAGUUUGCCAACCCGCCUGUCCCCACCAUGGCUGCAGCACUCACUCACAGGGACUGUCGCCCCUCUUCCCCAUCUCUUCCCCAAGGAGCCAGGAGCCAGCAGCUGCGAGCUCCCGUGGCACUCCUGCCCGCGUGACUUCUCGCUUCCCUCUUCCCUCUUCCCUCUUCCUGAGGAAGGCUCAGCUGAUUCUCUGGACGCCCCCUCCUCCACCCAGGGCCUGGAUCCCCCCCCUUCUCUGCAUUAGCUUGCGUCUCUCCCGCCAAGUGUGGGGCAAAGCUAAGAGCCAAGACACGUCAGCCUAGGAAACAAUUGUUAUCUGGUGAAUUUGGUUAAUGUGAAUCAGUGCCUCAGGACCUUUGCUAUGUCCUUGGGCAAAACCAUCCACUUGAUCUAACUACCUCCCCAGGUUGCUCUCUCCUUCUGGUCACUGCUGAGCCUACUAUCCUCUCCCGCUCCCUCCUUCCCCCCAGAGGGAACUAUAUACGGUUGUGCAGGUGUAUUUAUUACACGUCUCCAGCACUUGGCAUUAAAGUGCCUUUUUCUAAUAAAUCAGUUUAUUAUGACAAUUUCCUGAUGGUGGAAAGUAAAGCAACUUGAGAAAGUCACCUUUAAAAUUUUUUUUGCAUAAAGAUGUUGCGUGGCUUAGGGGUGGUCCUGUCCUACUCACCCCACCUCCAUAGAACUCAUCCUCUGAAGGUCACUGGUAUCUUCAUGGUGACAUCAAAUGUCUUCAAAGUUCUUGGCCCCUGUGAGCCCUCACAGCACGUGACACUACUUCCCAUCACCUCCCGCACCAGCCCGGUUCAACUGUGCCCUCCGUCACCGGUCCCCUGUGCAGUGCUGGCCCCAGACCUGCCACUUUCAGAGGGGUGUCCCCAAGGGUCUCAUCCAUCCUCUGGGCUCUGGAUCAGCUCUUUGGGGAUGAGCCCAAAACCUAGAGCUACAGCUGCCACUUUUCUCCUCAGCUCCUGGCUCACAGGUCCAGGGGUCUGCUGGAUGUUCCCACCUAGAUGCCUGCCAGGUCCUCAGUCGAUUUUGAAAGUUUCCACACAUGCACGCAAAACCUUGCCUAUUUCUGUUAAUGGUGCCACCAAUUUUCUGACUUUCUAAGCUUGAAGUCUCAGAGCCAUCUGAAGGCUGCCUUUACUUGACCCUUCCCCCUCCCCCAUUUCAGAUAGUCCAGUGCCAUUCACGUCUCUCAAAUCUGGUCUUUCUGCCACAUCCCCAGAGCCUCAAACUACCCGAAGCGUAUCCCCUCCCUCAGACACAGCCAGAGCCCCACUUUGACCUGUCAUGUCCCCUCCAAUCUGACCUGCUAAAAGGUCUCAAGGGCUCCUCACUGCCUACACAGGUAGGGGUGAGACUCAAAAUAACCUCUAAUCCUAGGCAGCCGGGCAUUAAUCCUUUGUUUGCUGCAUGAGGCAGUCCGGGGGUCCUGGGGGACGGGGACACUUUAGGGCUCAGGGCAGUAGUUCCGAAAGUAUUUUGAGUUUAGCAUCAGCCAUGUCUUCAGACAAGGUCCCAAGUCCUUGAGCUCCCAGCAAGGUCCUUCACCAUCUGGUCACAUCUGACUUCCCCAGUCAUCUCUCACAUUGCUUCCCCCAUCCCCAAUGUAUGGCUCCAGCCAAAUCCAUAGUCUCGCUGGCCUCGGAACAGGCCUCUGUUCGUUUCCCACUUCUGCGUUCUUCCUUUACUUGGUUCUGCUCAACCAGAAUGUUCCUCCCACCCCACUAGUACCAACUGAAUACUAUCCAUCAUGGAAGCUGCCUCCCCAGGGUUCUUUAUUUGAAACUUAUAGCAAUUGCCACUCUUUAAGCAACUGAUCACAAACAGCCUGUGACAUCUCUGUUGUAAUCACAAACUGUUACUUAAAUCUUCAAUGACCUGGCCUUAUUUAGUCACCCCAGUUAGUGUGUUACUUUCUGAGGGCUGGGGGCAUAUCACCCACAGAGCAGGGCACACUACACGCGAAGCACUUAGGGAGCAUCAGCAAACGGUUACUGAUUGAGCUGGUGAGUGAUGGGGACCAAACUCUGAGAUAGGUUUGAGGGAUGCUGAACCCCCUCUGCACAGGCGCUCACCACAGGUGCUCCGCUGCCCAGGGCCUGCACUCCCUGGCUCAGUGCCCUCAUAGCCCCCCCCAGCCUCCACACCCAAGAGUUGUUACUACUUUGAAUGUCCCCCACCCCUAAAGAAACUUCCCUGUCCAGUUUCUUUCCUAACUCAAAGUGUUAAAUUAGCUAAUAUAAACUAACCUGUGCUGAUAUAGUUAUGGGAGAGGGCUAGAGGAGAACCUCAGGAGACAGGUGUCUUUUAACCAGGGUCAUGUGGCAACAUCCCUGCCUUUGUGAUGGUUUAAUGGAGUCGAGAGACUCACUCCUCGCCCCCAGCAGCUGAUAUAUUCCUCCCUCCUUCGGGCUCCCACAGCACUUUGUAUAUACCUCUUACUGUAGCACUUAGCACGAUAGGUCCUUAGUUACAUGUUUAUGUGUUUCCCCUCCAAUAGACUGUGAGCUCCUCAAGGACAGGGACUGUGUGUUAGUCACUGAUGUAUCCCCAGCGCCUAGCACAGUGCCUGGCACACAGUAGGUGCUCAAUAAAUGUUUAUUGAAA